CCAGAAGUGGGACAUGUACACUGAUCAUCAGGGCACUGAUGAUCAGUCUGCCCUGAUGAUCAGUGUAGCCCCAGCAGUGCCACCUGUCAGUGUCCAUCAGUCCCAGCAGUCAGUGCUCAUCAGUGCCACGUGCCAGUGCCCAUCAGUGCCACAUCAAUGACACAUAUCAGUGCAUACCAGUGCACAUCAAUGCCACAUAUCAGUGCCAAUCUGAGCUGCCUUUCAAUGUCACCCAUCAGUGCCAGUCAGUGCCACCUAGCAAUGCCAAUCAGUGCCACCUAUCAGUGCUGCCAAUCAGUGCCACCUAUCAGUGCCAAUCAGUGCCACCUAUCAGUGCCAGUCAGUGUCGCCUAUCAGUGCGCAUCAGUGCCGACUAUCAAUGCCAGUCAGUGCCACCUAUCAGUGCCUGUCAGU